AGUACAUCCUCCAUAUCAUUAUCCGCUCUCUAGAGCAGCAGCAGCAGCAGCAGCAGCAGCUCUUUCCGCUUUGCUUACAUGGCCCCUCCCGCCCCACAAAUUACAUAAUCUCCCCUCCCCAGCCACGCUUCUCCUCUCUUCUCCUUACCACCGCUGUCCAGAAGGAGACGACACCUUAUAGAGACUAUCGCACACUACAAACCGGCAGCCUCCGAUUCUGAAUCCCUACUUAAUUAAUGCUGCUUUUCGCCACCAACGCCGUCGCAACGCCGGGGACGGCCAUCGUCAGCAGCUGGAGAACCAACACCACCCAUUUCCAUCCACGUUUCUCCGUCUCCUCGGCGGUGGAGGGUUUGGGUUUCCCUGCUUUUCUACCGAAAGAAGUCGAGAAUAUCAAAGACCCAUCUGCACGAAAGCUCGCUUCCAGAAUCCAGCGUCUCCAGGUCACGGUUGGGUCUUCGGGGGAUUGUAUAAUGAGCAGUUGUGUUAAGCCAUUGUCGUCGACUCAGAGCACGCCUACUACUAGCCCGCUGGUUCUCCUCCAUGGAUUUGACAGUUCAUGCUUAGAAUGGAGAUACACAUUGCCACGGCUUGAGGAAGCUGGAUUGGAGGCUUGGGCUGUUGAUGUUCUUGGUUGGGGUUUCUCAGAUUUAGAAAAAUUACCACCGUGUAAUGUUCAAACAAAGAGGGAACAUCUGUAUCAGCUUUGGAAGACCUACAUUAGAAAGCCCGUCAUUUUGGUCGGGCCAAGCCUCGGUGCAGCAAUAGCGAUUGACUUUGCUGUCCAGUAUCCUGAAGCUGUUGAAAAGUUGGUUUUGAUUGAUGCAAGUGUGUAUGUUGAAGGGACAGGCAGCAUGGCAACGCUACCCAAGGCAGUAGCAUAUGCAGGGGUUUCUCUAUUAAAGAGUGUGAUGCUCCGCUUGUUUGUCAAUGUCCUCGCCUUUGAAAAGUUACCGUUGAGUACUAGCAUAGACUGGAUGAAUAUCGGCCGUUUGCAUUGCAUGUAUGACUGGUGGGCUGAUGCAACUGUGAAUUUCAUGAGCAGUGGUGGCUAUGAUGUUGCCUGUCUAAUACCAAAGAUCAAUCAGAAGACACUGAUCAUUUGGGGGGAAGAUGACAAGAUCAUCAGCAGCAAGUUAGGAGUGAGAUUACACUGUGAGCUACCAAAUGCCAUCAUACGCCAAAUUCCAAAUUGCGGCCACAUCCCUCACGUGGAGAAACCCGAUUCUGUUGCCAGACUGAUCAAGGAGUUUGUCCAGGACCAGGAAGAUUGCUCCAGAAAGGAGGCCCAACUUGUUUCCUCCCUCCAGUGAUUGACUGGUUUUGGUGGAUCUGCUGCGUAAGGAAAUCAGGAACCACAGGAAGCUUUGGUCUAGCUAAACUGGGUAGGAUAGUAGAGAUGUCAUAUGUGCUGGUUGGUCUGCUGGUAAGGGAAUCAGAAGAAUAAAUAAUGUUAUAUUAGAAGAACCUCUUUCUAGCUAUGAUGAGCUGCCAUUUCGCUUUUUUCUGUACCUUCCCCCUUUCCAAGCUAGCUACGAAUGGGAAUAAAAAAUACUCCAACCAAAUAUAUUUUGGUUGGGGAAAGGUGGCAAGUUAAAGGAUUUUUUUUUUUUUUUUGACAAAGAAGUUAAAGGAUCUUGCUGUGAUGAAUUUGGUCAAGGCCCUUUUAUCAUUUCAUUUCAACUUUGCA